CAGCGUAUUUUUUUUCUUCAUUAAGAUACCCUUUUAAAACAACUUUCAACUUAAGCACGUGCAUGCUUUACUGCAAAAUGUCAGGCUCCCGAAAUUUAGGUGGUUCAAAAGAGGAUAAUGAUCAAAGAUUUGUAUUUGAGGGACUUAGUCAAAGAAUGUCUGAAGAUGACAUGGAUGAUAACUUUGUGUCCGUUCAGCGACGAUUUAAAGAAAGAGCUGCUGAAAGUUUUGAAGAAGAACUUGCUGAGCUACGCCGAAAACGACGUGAUCUUGAAGAUCAUCUGUUUGACUUGAUUGAUGUUGAUGCAGAAAUAAAGCAAGCUAAACAUACUCUGAAGAAUGCAAAUUCAGCUUUUCAAAAACACGCAACCAAAUUUGAUAAUAAUGAAGAGUCAGGAAUGGAAUCUCAAAAUUUGAUUGAGAGGUUAGAAAAAGUUCGAAAGUUGAAAAAUAUCGCUGAGAAAUCGGAAUUCCAAACUACUGAUUUAAUAAAGAAAAAAAUUCCUGUAUUUAAAUGGUCUAAGUUUGCUGAGUUAGAAAAUGAAUUACCAGAUUAUAUGGGUGAUAUGACUAAAGCAAGAAUAAUAGAUGAAGUAUCGACUUUUGGAAUACCAGUGACAUCUAAAAUCGAUACUAAUCAAAAAACUAAUGAAAAGCGCCGGCCUAAAAAAAGAUCUGUAACCAAACGUAAAAAAUCUACAAAUCAUUAAGAUUUUUAAC